AUUUGGUGGUAUAUCGAUUCGUGAAUCAGCCCAUCUUCUCGAAGAUAGAGAUCAAAGGAAAUAGAAGAUUUUGUCGAAGGAAUCCAAGAUGUCAUGCCCUAGACCAUGUUUUGCAACAGCUUUUGAGGUAUUAUUGAGCAGUGAUGACAAAAAGGAACGAAACUCAGACUUUAAUGCAUCUACCAAGUUGAAGCACUCUCUCAACGAAAAGAGCGGAAGAAGAAAAAGUGAUUCUAUCUCCAUUGAGGAUGUCAGGGAUAUCGAGGAGCUCCAGGCCGUUGAUGCCUUCCGACAUGCAUUGUUAACCGACGAGCUGCUUCCAAGUAGACACGAUGACUAUCACAUGAUGUUGAGGUUCUUGAAAGCUAGGAAUUUUGACAUUGAGAAAGCAAAACUCAUGUGGGCUGAUAUGAUUCAAUGGAGGAAAGAGUUUGGCACUGACACCAUUCUUCAGGAUUUUGAUUUCGAAGAGAUUAAUGAAGUGCUGGAGUAUUACCCGCACUGUUAUCACGGUGUUGAUAAAGAAGGCAGGCCCAUUUACAUUGAAAGACUGGGGAAAGUUGAUCCUAACAGACUCAUGCAAGUUACAAGCAUGGAUCGAUAUGUAAGAUAUCAUGUAAAGGAGUUCGAGAGGGGCUUUAUGAUCAAGUUUCCUUCCUGCACAAUUGCUGCUAAGAAGCAUAUUGACUCCAACACAACUAUUCUAGAUGUUCAGGGAGUGGGAUUGAAAAACUUUACCAAGUCUGCUCGGGAGCUUAUCACACGAUUACAAAAGAUCGGUGGGGAUAAUUAUCCUGAGACUCUCCACCAAAUGUUUAUUGUGAAUGCAGGGCCUGCAUUCAGACUGCUUUGGAGUACUGUGAAAAACUUUAUAGACCCAAAAACAACUUCCAAAAUUCAUGUCCUUGGAUACAACUAUAUGACCAAAUUGCUUGAAGUGAUUGAUGUCAAUGAGUUGCCUGAGUUCUUGGGAGGUGCAUGUACUUGCGCGGAUCAAGGUGGUUGCAUGCUUUCUGACAAGGGACCAUGGAAAAACCCGGAGAUUGUGAAGGUCAUUUUAAUUGACUCAUAUGUUUCUUGCCUAUUACAUUGUACUAGUUCUGAAGCUGAAACAACUGGUUAUCUUCACUUUCUUUCAGAUGGUGCUUCAUGGGGGAGCAUAUCGGACGAAGCAAGUGGUGAAAGUUUUGAACAGCGAGGGGAAAGUCAUUGAUUAUCCAUGGGUAUGUAUGUAGAUAUUGAAUCUUAGAACUAGUCUCAAAAGUUCACAUGUGCCUUAACUCUGACUUUUGUCUUGAACAUAGAUAAAUGGAAGUGACACUUCCACUGCAGAGUCUGGAUCUGAUGCAGAAGAUAUUGGGUGAAACGAGCUUGGCCGGUAGUUUUCCGGGCUAUAAUGAGUAUGUACCCAGUGGCGGAGCUAUGUAGUGGGAGAGGAGAGGGCAUCAGCUGACCCCUAUCACUUCUAUAUAUAAAAAGAAAAGAUAUUUCAAUUAUGUUUGUUAGAUAGUUGUUCGAAUAUUUAGUUUGAUCCCCAUAUUUCAAGAUCAAAUCUCUCCCUUGACCCAACUUAAUACUCUCUUUUUUCAGUCUUUUUUUUUCAUUUUUGGUAAAAAGUAAAAACCAUUGUGUUUUCUCUUUUGGUUUGAUAUUUUAGAACUAUUUAUUAUAGAGAUUUUUGUUUCUACUAUGGGACAUAUAUAUUAACAAUAUAUAGUUUUUAUACAUAAGAGUAUAACAUCUUUUUUACAAUUUUUGGUUACAAAUUAGGUGUGAAGGAAUGACGAAUAGUAAACAUAAGCUUUCAGUUUUUUUUCAAGACAAACAACAGAAACAAUUACAGAAAGCAUCUCUCCACAUUUUAAUCUUUAAUACUCUUCGCGAGUAAUUUUAUGUUUAUAUAUAUAUAUGGUUU